UUACAAAAUUUUGGAGAAAUGGAUGCGAAUCAGACUUUUUCCGAAAAAGUUGACGAGAAUAAUCAAAAUCCGAGAUCGAAGAAAAGAUUGGCUAUGCUAGAUUUACUUAUUGCCGCUUCUUUAAAUGAUAAUCAAAUCGAUGAGGAAGGGAUUCAAGAAGAAGUCGAUACUUUUAUAUUUGCGGGACACGAUACUGUAGCAAUGGCAUUGUCUUUUGCUUUACUCCUUUUUGCAAAACACAAAGAUGUUCAGAAAAAUAUAAGAAACGAAGUGAGCACGGUUAUGGAACGAAAAGAUUUAAAAAUGACGAUCUCAGUGAUUCAAGAAUUUUCAUACUUGGAAAGAUGUCUUAAAGAAUCACUUCGCUUGUAUCCAAGCGUUCAUUCUGUACUUCGUUAUAUAUCUAAGGAUAUGCAACUGAAGAAUUAUUUAAUCCCAGCUGGUACGACUUGUAACGUAAGUAUUUACAGCUUACACAGAAAUCCAGAAUUUUGGCCAAAUCCCGAUGUGUUCGAUCCGGACAGAUUUUUACCAGAAAAUAUGAAAGGACGCAAUCCAUAUUCGUAUCUCCCGUUUAGUGUAGGACCAAGAAACUGCAUCGGUCAAAAAUUCGCAAUGCUGGAACUCAAACUCAUGGUAGCUCACAUAUUAUACAACUUUAAUUUAGAACCAGUGGAUGAACUGGACAACGUUAAAAUAAUGGAAGAUGUUUUAUUGCGCUCUUCCAAAACACUCCGUGUCAAAUUUAUACCUAUAAAAUAACGACACUGCGUCUAUGCAUGUUCUAUUUUUUCCUUAAUUAAAUAAAUAAUCAAAUAAACUGCAAUAAUACAUCA